AAAAAGCACAAGUCUAACACCGAGUGUACGACCCAACACGCUCUUGUGUUUAUGUGUAUAUAUACACCUUGUUUGCCAGUUGGUCCCUCAAGAAAACAUAGCACACACCAAUUUGAGUACGCGAAGUUGAGCUCAGUUUCUGCGAUGACUUCUUGGGUGAGAGGGAAUUGUAUCGGUAAGGGAGCGUUUGGCACCGUCAGUGUUGGGAUUGACAGAUGGGACGGUCGGGUCUUUGCGGUGAAAUCGGUCGAUCUCAACAUGGCUCUUUCGGCUCAGGCGAAGGCUUUGGAGAAUGAGAUUCGGAUUCUCCGGCGGGUUUCGCCGUCGCCUUACGUGGUGGAGUUUCUCGGGGAUGACUUCACGACAUCGUGUCGGAAUUUGCACAUGGAGUAUAUGCCGGGUGGCACCCUCGCUGACCUGGCGUCUCGGAAUGCUGACGUGGAUGAGGAGUUGGUGAGGUACUAUACAUGGUGCCUGGUGAACGCGCUGAGGAACGUCCACUCCAAGGGCGUCGUGCACUGCGACGUCAAGGGGAGGAACGUUCUGUUGGGGCCUAAAGGCUGCGUCGCGAAGCUCGCCGAUUUCGGUUCAGCGGUCGAGUUUUCAGGUGAAGUGUGCUCGUCUGCGGUUCUACCACGGGGAAGCCCGCUUUGGAUGGCUCCGGAGGUGAUCCGACGGGAGUAUCAGGGGCCAGAAUCCGACGUGUGGUCCUUGGGAUGCACGGUGAUCGAAAUGGUCAACGGGAAGCCGGGGUGGGAAGAUCACGGCGGCGACACCCUUAGUCGAAUCGGAUACUCCGAUGACUUGCCCGAAUUGCCGGGUCAAUUGUCAGAGCUCGGGCGGGAUUUCCUCAAGAAGUGCCUGAGGAGGGAACCUAAACAGCGGUGGAGCUGCGAUCAGCUGCUGCAGCACCCAUUUUUGUCAUCUGCGUCCCCCAAUAAGCCAGUCGAGUCGUCUCCUCGGUGCAUUCUUGACUGGAACAACUUAGAAUUCACCGAAGAAGAUGAAGAAGAGGAAAUAAUAUUCGAUCACAAUGCUGAAGCUUCAGCUAAGGAAAGAAUCCGCAAAUUAGCCACAACAGUGAGGGCAGAUUGGGAAACAGAAGAUUGGGUGGCGGUGAGAGGAUCGACAUCAGACGCAGAAUAUACAGCAGUGGAAACAGGGGAUGGCGGAAGUGGGGGUGGGGACGAGGAAGGGACAAAUUCGGAAUAUCGGCAUGGGACUGGGGCAGAAGAGGAAAUGAAGGUAGGGACAAGUCGGGAAUAUUUGGAUGAUGUGGGAAGGGCAAAUCCGGGAAAAUGGGAAUCGGACGGCAAGUGGUGGUUGUUGGGGUGGCGGUGUGAUCACAGGGAAGGGAAAGAAAGAAGCAAUUUAGCUGGUCGGAGCUGUCCUCAUGAAUAUAUAUCAGAAAAUGUAGAUCUACAUUUAGUGCUGACGGAUAAAAGUAAUGAUAAGCAUUGUUCACAGCUUGCGUUGUGUACUACUCAAAUCGUGUUACUUCAAUUCCUUACCCUUAAUAAAUUCAACUCUGUUAUUUUCUCCACAUAUUUAUCUUCUACCCGUUUUUUUUUUCUUGAACACGUGCCAAGAAAAUGCGGGUAA